AUGAGUCAUGAAAUGGAAUAUGUGUAUAAUACACGAUUACGUUCUAGAAACAUCAGUGCAGAUUUUUAUGAUCACUUAACAUCAGCAUUGGUAAAUGACAUUCAAAAUGAAAAUAAUGAUGUUGUGCGUGAAGAAGUGGAUCCAUUCGAAAGCGAUGACGAUGAUAGAGUUGUCGAUUAUGUGCCAUUUGAAGAUGCAUCGGAUAUUGAAAAUGAAAUCGAAAUCGAGCCGAAUGAAAUUCACGAUGACGAUGAUAGAGAUGUCGAUUAUGUGCCAUUUGAAGAUGCAUCGGAUAUUGAAAAUGAAAUUGAAAUCGAGCCGAAUGAAAUAUUAGAUAGCGACGAAGAGGAAGUAAUCGUUGGUGUAGAAGAAGAAGGGCGUGAAACUCCAGCUGCCACUGAAACUUCUUACUACGGUAAAGAUGGGACAGAAUGGAAAAAAGAGCCUAAUGAAGCAAUUCGUACUCGUGCACACAAUAUUAUGCGCUUUAGGCCUGUACCGAAGCAACAAAACUCUGUUCCCAUUGAGGUAUUCAAAGAGUUUUUUACUACCAAUAUUUCAUUCAUUAUCGUCAGUCAAACCAAUCGUUAUGGAAGAGACCAAUUUGCAAAAUGGAAUGCAGAAAAUCUAACCUCAAAACCUAAAGUUUGGGUGGAUUUCACUAGCACCGAACUUGAUGCAUUUAUUGGCAUUCUUAUUGCUUCUGGUGUAACGCACAAUAAUAUGCAGCUUACACCACUUUUGUGGCAAACUGAUGCUCUUCCCAUCUUUCGAGCGGCGAUGCCACUCAAACGAUUCAAGUUAUUGACGCGAUAUAUCCGUUUCGAUGAUGGCCCACCACGUUCAUUCCGACUACAAUCUGAUAAGGCUGCCGCAAUUCGCGAUAUAUGGAAUUUUUUAAAUGAAAACCUCGCCAGAAACUAUGAGCCGCAUGAAAAUGUAACGAUUGAUAAGCAAUUGUUUCCGUAUCGUGGCAAGACAAAGUUUACGCAAUUCAUACCAUCAAAACCAGCCAAAUACGGUGUGAAAAUCUGGUGGGCAUGUGACUCACAAACAAAACAGCCAUUGCAAGGUAUACGUAUUGUACACGGGAAAAAAGGAUGGCGGAGAGAGUGA